AUGGUGCGGCCUCGCCCGUCGCGCGAGAGUCAACCGGAAUCCGCAACGGUCGAGAUCUGGACGUCACUUGUAGAAGGAACUAGGCAAGGUCGCAUCGACUCAAAGAACCACUUCAACGAGCUCACAAGUCAUGAGGCGACGAUAGACGCCGUGGCCGCCAAGGUCAAGAAAAGUUCCUUCGAGAUCGGAGCGAUCGUGAUCCCCAUCCCCAAGGCCCUUGUAACGAGCAACUCGAGGUUUGCCGAAGGCCCGGUAAGGUUCCGUCUGCUUGACCCCACGGUGUUGGACAUGUCGAAGUCUACGCUCAAUGUCGAUACACUUGGCAUGGUCAUCACCGACCCCAAAGACGGGGCCCUUCUUGGCGCAUACGGUAAGGCGGCACUCGAGUCCAAUACGUACAAGAAACGAUGGGACAACAUGGUCACCUGGUGCGCUCUGAUCUCAGGCAGGGAUGGAACUCUCUGA